AUGAGUCUCGACCCACCUGGAUCAAAGGAGAAUGAAGAACACCAACGACACAAGUUGGGGCCUUCGGCUCCGCACACCGAGCCCCUGCCCUUCGGCAUCGAGAGUCCCAGAAACCGGAAGCGGAAGUGCGCGUCCCUUCCUAUCUCCCCGGCUCCGGCUGUGUCUUUUACCUACAGCUGCCCGGGGGACAGGAGGGCGUCCGGAGAUGACUCAGUUGUCAUUGAGGAUGUGGCUUUGGACUUUACCGAGGAAGAGUGGGCCUUACUGGAUCUUACUCAAAAGAAACUCUACAGAGAUGUGAUGAUGGAAACCUUCAGAAACCUGGCCUCAGUAGUUUCUCGAGACCUUAAUGAUAGAGAAAAAUUAUCUAGUGAACAUAUUACAGUGGAAAUCAUGAAGAAAAGCACCUGGUUCACCAUGUUAGGAGAAAUCUGUAAACUGCGUGGCAUCGAAGAUCAGCAUAAAAACCACGGGAGACGUAUAAGAAGGCAUACAGUAGAGAACCUUUGUGAACAUAACAAAGGCAAUCGGUGUGGAAAAACCUUCAGCAAGAUUUCAACUCUUACUGUACUCAAAACAACUACUUCAGAAUUAAAUCCUUCUGAAUGCUGCAGAUAUGGAAGAGCCUUCAUGCAUCAUUCAUCACUUAAGCAUCAUGUCAGAUCUCAGACUGGAUGCACUGCCUAUGGGUGUAAGGAAUGUGGAGAAGCCUGCAGUUGUCCCUCCUACCUAAGCACUCCUGUGAGAACUCUUUAACAGGAAGCAAGCCCUAUAAACAUAAGGAGUGUGGAAAAGGCUUGAUUUGUAUCUCAACUCUCAAUAAUCAUGUGACAACACUCACUAAAGAGAAACCCUGUCCUAGUUAUCAAGUGCUGCCAGAACAGAAAUACCACAAGUGGCUGGCUUUAACAAAGAGAAAUUUAUUUUCUCACAGUAAAGUAGGCUAAAAGUCCAAAUUCAGGGUGUCAGCUUCACAGGAAGGCUUCUCUGUCUGUCGGCUCUGGAGGAAGGUCCUCAUCCUCAAUCUUCCCGUGGCCGAGGAGCUUCUCAGGCACAGGGACCCCAGGUCCAAAGGACGCGCUCUGCUUCUGGUGCUGCUUUCUUGGUGGUAUGAGGUCCCCAACUCUCUGCUUGCUUCUGUUUCCGUUUAUCUCUUGAGAGAUAAAAGGUGGUGCAGGCCACACCCCAGGGAAACUCCCUUUACUGUGGAUCAGGGAGGCGACCUGAGUGAGGGUGGUAUUACAAUCCCACCCUAAUCCCCUCAACAUAAAAUUACAAUCACAAAAUGGAGGACGACCAUACAAUACUGGGAAUCAUAGCCUAACCAAGUUGAUAUACACAUUUUUGGGGGUACAUAAUUUAAUCCAUGACAAACCCUAUGAAUGUAGUGAAUGUGGGGAAGAUUUCUAUAGUUUCUUAGCCUUUAGGACACAUGUGAGAGGACAUAAAUGUAAAUAUAAAGAAUGUUGAAAAAACCUAUACUCGUCCCUCAACCGUCACUAUAGGUCAAAAAUUUCAGAGUGGAGAGCAAUAUUAUGAAUGUAAAGAAUGUUUGAAAGCCUUUAAUUGUGCUGCAUCCAUCACUGAGCACAUAAGAAAUUGCACUGUAGGGAAACCUUUUGAACACAUAGAAUUUGCGAAAUCUUUCAGUUAGCCCUCAAACCCCACUAAUCAAAUAAGAACUCACAGUGGAGAGAGGCUAGCUAUAUGAAUGUAAGAAAUACAGGAAAGUCUUUAGUCAAUCCUCACACCUCAGGGCCCAUAUAAGAGUUCACACUGGAGAGAAGCCGUAUGAAUGUAAGGAAUGUGGGAAAUAUUUCAGUCAGUCCUCAUCCCUCACUAAACAUGUAAGAACUCACAGUGGGGAGAUG